AUGCGCACAAUAUCGAGGAGUGCACAACCUCUGUUUGCGUCGCUUAGCCCUCUAAAGCAGACAAGUCGCAUACGCGGACUCAAUGCGACGCUCGUGCCGUCAUGGACGCGCUCAUUCCACGCUUCUGCGAACUUGAGGGCCGUUGACCUAUCAUACCGACUUCACGAUGACUCGGGCAAGGCCAAGGGCGAUCCAAUUGUGAUUAUACACGGUUUGUUUGGCAGCAAGCGAAACAACCAGAGUGUUGGAAAUGCAAUCGCACGCAUCCUCAAACGCCCCGUCUACGCCAUCGACACCCGAAACCACGGCGAAUCCCCCCACGACAAUGUCCACAACUACACCGUGCUCGCCGAGGACGUCGAAGCCUUUCUAAAAAAGCAUGAGCUGAAAAACUCAACUCUGAUAGGACACUCCAUGGGCGCAAAAAUCAUCAUGACAAUGGCCCUCCGCAACCCAGAUUGCUGCGCCAACAUCAUCCCCGUGGAUAACGCACCCGUCGACGCGGCGCUCUCAAGCGACUUCCCAAAGUACGCAGAGGGCAUGCAAGCCGUGGAAAAGGCGCAGCCCAAGAGCCAAAAAGAAGCAGACAAAGUCAUGGAGCCGUACGCAAAGGAUCUAGCCGUCCGCCAAUUCCUCCUUUCAAACCUUGUGCGAGGCGCACCCGGCGAACCCCUCAAGUUCCGUAUCCCCGUCCGUAUUCUGACCAAAGCCCUGAAUAACAUGGCCGACUUCCCGUUUACGAAUCCCGAUGAGGCAUCGUUUCAUAAACCUACGCUGUUUAUUCGAGGCACGAAAAGUCACUAUGUGAGCGAUGAGACGUUGCCUAUUAUCGGGCGGUUCUUUCCGAGGUUCGAGCUUGUGGAUAUUGAUGCGGGGCAUUGGGUUAUUAGUGAGAGGCCUGAGCAGUUUAUCAAUGCGGUUGUGGAGUUUCUGCAGGAGAAGGAGUAG